UUUGAAUUAGCGGCGCGGGGAGUGAGUGGAGGAGCAGGGUGGGCACUACAGUGCCUCGUGUCCAGGAGGCGCGCUCACACACCGUGCGCAGCACAAUGCUGGACACCAAAUGUUCAUCCACGCUAUGAAUCCUGACAACGAAACCAGAGCGGAGAGAAGUACAGAACAAUAUAUUUUUGCAGUUGGCACCUACAAACUUCUCGCUUUUACCAUCGGGACCAUUGGAGUAUUCGGCUUUUGUAACAACGUUGUUGUCAUCAUACUCUACUGUAAAUUCAAGAGGCUGAGGACGCCCACCAAUUUAUUACUGGUCAAUAUAAGUUUGAGUGAUUUGCUGGUUUCUGUCAUUGGCAUAAACUUUACAUUUGCUUCGUGCGUCAAAGGCGGAUGGAUUUGGAGCCAGACAACAUGCAUCUGGGACGGCUUCAGCAACAGCUUAUUUGGCAUAGUUUCCAUCAUGACUUUGGCAGCCCUGGCCUAUGAGCGCUACAUCCGGGUGGUCCACGCCCAGGUGGUGGACUUUCCCUGGGCGUGGCGGGCCAUUGGCCACAUUUGGCUAUACUCCCUGGUGUGGACGGGCGCUCCGCUUCUGGGGUGGAAUCGCUACACGCUGGAGAUCCACAAGCUGGGCUGUUCCCUGGACUGGGCAUCUAAGGACCCAAAUGAUGCCUCCUUCAUCCUCCUCUUCCUCCUGGCCUGUUUCUUUGUACCUGUGGGCAUCAUGAUCUACUGCUACGGGAACAUCCUCUACACAGUGCAAAUGCUGCGCUCCAUCCAGGCCCUCCAGACGGUUCAGAUCAUCAAGAUCUUGCGGUACGAGAAGAAGGUGGCCGUUAUGUUUUUUCUGAUGAUCUCCUGCUUCCUGGUGUGUUGGACGCCCUACGCUGUUGUGUCCAUGUUGGAGGCAUUCGGCAGAAAAAGCAUCAUCUCUCCCGUUGUGGCCAUCAUCCCCUCGUUCUUUGCCAAGUCCAGUGCAGCAUACAACCCCCUCAUCUACGUGUUCAUGAGCAGAAAGUUCCGGCGUUGUUUGCUGCAGCUGCUGUGCUCACGGCUUUCGUGGCUGCAGCAUAGCCUCAAAGAGCAGCCCCUGGCUCCGGUCCAGCGCCCCAUUCGACCGAUCGUCAUGUCCCGGGCCUGCGGAAGCAGGAACCGACCCAAGAAAAGGGUGACUUUUAGUUCUUCCUCCAUCGUCUUCAUCAUCACUAGCAAUGACUUCCACCACCUGGAUGUGACCUCAAAGUCUAGAGAUCCCGCGGAGGUUAAUGUCAUUCAAGUGAGGCCAUUGUGAUCCACAAGGAUGGGACUUCUCACCCCACCGCUCAGUAUGCCUUAGAACCUAACAUGUAAAUCAAACCAAAAUAAUCCUGUCUUAAGCUCCCAGGACAUUUCUGCAGCUACAAACAGUUAUGGACUUGAUUCAACUAAUUGUAAAUAUCCAACUGUCAGCCCAAGAUCUCAGCUAAAUUAAUGAAUUAGCUCAUUCUUUCCUGACAGUGUUUUGUCUAAGCAGGUAGUAUGAAAGUGUGACAUCCUCAUCUACCAUCAGCUGUGAUGAUUUAAUGGUGUCCUUAACUCGUAAAAUGUUUCUCUCCACAAUUAUGUGUCAAAUAUGCCACACGUAACAACUGCAGAAAUGUGUGGAGUUUUUAGACGCCAGUGUUGUUAUGGACCUGAGUAUAGAUCAACAUGUGAUAGAUUUUCUUAGUUGGUACCCAACUGUAAGUGUGUAAAACUGAAAAAUAAGCCUUCGCUCCUUAGCCAUAUACACAAACUAACAUUGUGUAUGAAUUGAAUAAAGAGAUCCUAUUUUAAGCUACCCAGCUUGUGUACCAUAUCUCCUUUCAAUCUUAAUCUCCAGUGUGACGAGAGCAGGCACUGUGAAAUGACAUUUGGUGAAUCACUUUGUAUGAGGACUACAGGAGUGUAAUUAGAUAAGAGGCGCUGACAGUGGGACCUCAGUAUGCGCCAGUGAGACACUC